UGUCAGGCCCUCAGUGGACAGGACAGGAGCAGAGACAGGAGCAGAGGCAGGAGCAGACACAGGACAGGGACAUGCCACUGAGCAUCGUACUGCAGGGGCCCGCUCCAUGGGGUUUCCGUCUGAGUGGGGGCAAGGACUUCAACCAGCCCCUCACCAUCUCCAGGAUCACCCCGGGCAGUAAAGCGUCCAUUGCUAACCUGUGUGCGGGGGAUGUGAUCGUGGCCAUAGAUGGGGUCCCGGCCUCAGACAUGCUCCACUGUGAGGCUCAGAACAAGAUCAAGGAGGCCACCAGCCAGCUGCACCUCACCGUGGAGAGGAAUGAGUCCAGACUCUGGUCCCCUCGUGUGGUGGAGGAAGGGAAAGCACAUCCCUACAAAAUGAAUUUGGAAUCAGAGCAGCAGGAAUACAAACCAAUUGGAACAGCACACAACCGGAAAGCACAGCCGUUCAUAGCAGCAGCUAACAUCGAUGACACACGCCAGGUGGUCAGUGCAUCCUACAACACCCCCAUUGGCCUCUACUCCUCAGGCAACAUCCAGGACGCCAUGGAGGGACAGAUCCGGGGCCUUGUGCACCCCAGACAAGUCAGCCCACGGACUCUGACCAGUAUUGAAGACUCGGAUGUGUAUCGCAUGCUGCAGCAGGACCACGAGGAGCCGCUGGAGCCCAGGCAGUCCGGUUCGUUUCGAGCCCUGCAGGAGUUUGUGGACAGUGAUGGUACUCGGCCAAUCGUGACCCGCAGUGUAAAGGCGCCCACCACCAAGCCCCACGCUCCCACAGGGAACCUCCAGAAACUGCCUGUUUGUGACAAGUGCGGCAACGGCAUUGUUGGGACUGUGGUGAAAGCGCGGGACAAGUAUCGUCACCCGGGCUGCUUCGUGUGCUCCGACUGUGACAUGAACCUCAAACAGAAGGGCUAUUUCUUCGUGGAGGGCCAGCUGUACUGUGAGAGCCACGCACGAGCCAGAAUGAGACCCCCAGAGGGACACGACCUGAUCACCACAUAUCCCUCCGCCUAGACCCCCCCUCCCCAAACACGGCGUAUAUACUCAGCUUCUAAUGCCACCUACGCACGUCGGCACGUUCACCAAACAUACAGACGGAGGCAAAGACUAAAGGCAACACAGGGGGGGUACACAGGAUUAUGCUAUGCCAAGAGUUCAUCCUACUUCAGACCCAUGUUCUAAACUUAGGGAUAGGGCUGUGUUGAAUUUUAAUCAAGGUUCAGUAAUUUCUUAUCAUCAAUUAUCAGCAUGUGUCUUUUUAAUCACAAGUUCUUCAGUUGAUCCUCUGUUGGUUUGGAGUAGAGUUCAUACUUAGAAAGAAGAAAUUUGACAGUAUGUUUUAACAGGUUUCACAUCUGUCAUCUACUUGAAAUGCCACAAAUAAACAUAGAUGUUACAGAUGGGAGCUUUACAUGGAAUUUAUUUUAAAAAAUGUUUCUCUGUGGUCAGGAAAUUAAUAUUGAGAGCAAGUUUUUGUUAGUGAACUAAAAUAAAAUGAAGAAAUCGUGAUUAUCCAGUAUGACAAAAAAUCACAAUCAUGAAGCCGUAAAAGCAUGAAUAAAUCUUUCAACAGUACUUAAAUAGCGGGAAUGUCAAGGUUUUCUUUUCAAAUGAGCCAGCACAUCACUAUGCCCAAGGACAGGUUCUGAUGGUUUGUAAAUGUGGUCCUUGAAGCAGUACAAUGAACUAUAAAAACUUUUUUUUUAACGCUAUAUUGCAAUCUAUGUUAUACUGUUGUUUCCUCAUCAAAAACAUACAUGCAGUGUUGUCACGGAACAGAGCAUUUUGAGCUCUGAAGAUAAAGACAGACCCCCAGUUUACACCGAAGUAGUAUGAGCACAGCAUAUGCACAAAUAUAGCCUUUCUAUUUCAACCAGUUGGACAAUCUACACCAGCAAUGUCCAACAGGGGACACUGUGUCGCUCAAAUGGAUGGUGGAGUUCUAAUUUUUCAGCCUCAACAGUGUCUCCAGGCUUUUUAGCAGGGGAAGGAUAUAGGAAAUAAACAUGUGGUGUCAAAAUAAACUUCUGAUGCCCUUUAAAAACACUAAGUGUUACAUAAACAGUAGGGCCUUGGGGAAUGACUUGUGACGGACUCUGAAAAGUUUAUAGCCGUGGGAGAUAAAUAUAAUACACUUUACGACAAACAUACAUUUUAGAAGGACAUCAUAUGAAGGAAGAGGAGAAUGGCGAGCAGACACUAAAACAUAUGGAAAGUUGCCCAAUUCAUCCUAGCAGCCACAACUUAUUGCUGCAAAGCAUCUUCCCUCUUGUCAACUUUUGUAUAGUUUUAUAAGGUAAUUUAUCUGAUUAACAGUAAAUACAUAAGCAGUAUAAAACAGUUUGGUGUUUAAACAUGAGAAUAUACAAAGGCUAGCAUUGCAGAAGCAGCUCUAAUGCCUUUGGAGUAAAUUGACACUUGCAGAUUAGCCUACAUUACGUGACACUGCAGCUCCAUGAAUACAUUUUGAAUAGUAAAUAUGUGAAUGAAAUAAAACACAACAUCAGGUCUGGUUUUGACGAGGUAUCAGCAUUAUAACAUGUCUCACAAUUUUGCAUAAUAUAGAACCUUCAAAGAGAAAACAAAGAUUUCAUGUGGUCAGAAUUAACACUGACAAAGAGUAAUCAUCCACUGGAAAAGAAAAACAGUGUAGAUGGAAGACUUGUAGGUAAACUAUUUGAUACUAGCUGAAACAGUAUUAUUAAUCUUACAUUACAUUGUGCAUUGCUGUCAGAUCUUACAUGGGUUUAUAUAGCAUACACAGGAUGUGUUCAGUUUGUUUGUCUGGUGGAUGGACUGCCACCUGCUUAUCUCCAUGGAGAUGUCAUUGCAUUGCAAUGCAACUAUUCACUAUCACAAAGUAUUUUUAAGCAAUACAAACACCAGUCAUGGAGUACAUGGUGCAAAAUGGAGAACUUUAAAACCAUACUGUGAAAUAUUCUUGGCAAAGCAACCUUUACAGAUUAUAUGUUGUGUGAAAUAAAGUUUUAAUGAAAGCA